CCACCACCACCUUGCCCCCUCUCCCCGCACCAUGUCCGAGCCCGCCAUCGACCGCACGCUGCACCCGCUGCCCGCGCCCGCCAUGAGCGACGCCGACGCCGCCGUGCUGCAGCAGAACCGGCGCGUCGCGAGCGCAUUCAUGGUGGCGCGCUGCGAGCGCGAGGCGGCGCGCAACUGGGACCGCUUCUACACCAACAACCGCGACAAGUUCUUCCGGCCGAAGAAUUGGACGGACCGCGAGUUCGAGCAGCUGCGCGCGUCAGGCAGCGAUGCCGCAGGGCCAUCCACGCCGGCAGCCGCACCAGCAGGGGCCAAGCAGGACGGCGCCGACGAGACGGCAGCAGCCGAGGCGCAGCUCGACGAGGCAGCAGGGGCAUCGGAUGAGAAUACAGUGCUGCUGGAGGUGGGCUGCGGGCCGGGGGCAAUGCUGUUCCCAGCCCUGCGCAAGCGCCCGAAGAUGCGAGCCCAUGCCUGCGACUUCUCCAGCAAGGCCAUCGAGCUCGUGCUGGAGCACCCGACAUACGACCCAGCACGCAUGCAUGCCUUCGUCGCCGACCUCACGAGCUACCCGCUAGCGUCGACGCUGGCAGCGCACCCCUUCGGACGGCCGACCGUCGUCUCGCUCAUCUUCGUCCUCUCGGCCAUCCCGCCACGGCAGCACGCGCACGUCAUGCAGGAGCUGGCGCGCUGCCUGCCGCUCGGCGGCAGCCUCAUCUUCCGCGACUUUGCGCACGGCGACCUCAGCCAGCUGCGCUACCACAUGCGCAAGGACAAGACGUGGGAGGAGCCGAGCCUGCUGCGCGACGAGGAGGGCGACAUGGCGGCGCUGUACCGGCGAGGCGACAACACCUUCACCACAUACUUCCGUGCCCACGACCUCGCCCGCCUGGCGGAGCUGGCGGGCCUCGAGGGCAGCAUCGAGGCGGUGCACCAGGAGGGCUUCAACCGCAAGACGGGACAGAAGCUGCCGCGGCGCUUCCUGCAGGCCAACUGGCGCAAGGUGCGCGAGCUGCCCGAGGAGCCGCAGCCUGCCGCAGAGGGCGCCGAGGGGCAGGGCACAUAGCAAUGCAGAUGCCUGUGCCUAC